UAAAUGUUUUCAAAAAUCCAAUAAUUCAUGGGGUUUUACCAAACAUAAAUUCAACUAUUAAUCUUGGAACAGUUGAUCCAAUAUUAAUUUCAUAUAAUGUUCCAAUUAUUCAAUCUUCCAAAAAUAUUUAUAUCUAUCAACAAAAUAAUUCAGACUUUAUUUUACGACAGACAUUUUCUGGUCAAUCUCAAUAUUGUUCACUUUUUAAUCAAACAGCAAUAAAAUGUGAUGUACUGUCAAGUACUUUUAAUCAACCAAAUUCAAUAUAUUAUAUUAAAGUUGAUGAUAAUUUUGUGAGAAAUAAUGAUACUUCGGAGCACUUAGGUGGAAUUGGUAAUAUGAUUUGGAAGAUUUUAACAG